AUUUCAUAGCGUUUGGAAAUUCAGUUGUCAGUUGUCAGCCGGCUUGUGUAGACGUGUGUUUUGUGUAAACCGUGCGCGGAGCUUUUGAACAUGGCUCUGCUACGUCGGCUGGCAGUGAAUGCUCCUCGAGGCGUCCGUAUUCUUUCCACGCCACCAACAUCACGCGACGAUCUAGAUCUUACAUUCAGCAACUCGAAAGAGGCGUUCAAAAGUAAAAAAACUAGCGAACUAGUCCGGGCAUACCUCGUCUACCAAAUAUGUUCCAUCAACUGGAUUGUCGAGAACAACGAUAUGUUGAUGAAGAGACUUCGUCAACUCAUCGGUCAGCGGAUGUUCGAAGCUAUCAUGAAGGCUACAUUCUAUGGACAAUUCGUAGCUGGUGAAGACCAGAACAAGAUCAAACCCACAAUUGAGAGGCUGAAGUCCUUCGGUGUAAAGUCCAUCUUGGACUAUUCGGUGGAAGAGGAUCUAUCACAAGAAGAAGCUGAGAAGAGAGAAGUCAGCGCUUCGAUCUCGGUAUGCGGCGACAAGGAGGAGGAAGGCCAACUCAAGCAGUACCACGUGGAGCAGAGGUUCGCUGACCGGCGCUACAAGGUUACCAGUGCCAGGACAUACUUCUACCUCAACGAGGCCUCUUGCGAGAAGAAUAUGGAAGCGUUCCUGAAGAGUAUCGAUGCUGUUGCAGGUAUCACACAGAGCACCGGGCUGAUGGCUGUAAAACUGACAGCUCUUGGAAGACCUCAGUUACUUCUUCAACUAUCAGAGGUCAUCAUGCGUGCACGUAAUUACAUGCAACAGAUAGCUGGUGGUACCGGAAACGUCCUCACGCACCACAAAACCAUCGAGGACUUCCAGCGGUACCUCGGCGAACACUCCUCCAAACCAGAGGUCCAGGACUUUAUGAAGAAGAUCACCUCUGAUACGGAAGGAAUCGUCCAUUUAUUCCCGUGGUCGAACAUUCUGGACAAAGACAUGAACCUCUCCGACUCAUUCCGUGUGCCUGAUCCGAAGAGCGGCCAGAUGCGGCGUCUCAUCUCGCAGAUAUCACCCAAAGAGGAGGAGAUGUUCAGGAACAUGUUGCGGAGACUUAACCACAUCAUUCAGGUGGCUGCGGAAGCCGACGUGAGAAUCAUGAUAGACGCUGAACAGACCUACUUCCAGCCAGCAAUCUCCAGGAUCUGCCUCGAAAUGAUGAGGCGAUAUAAUAUCGGUAGAUACGUUGUGUUUAACACAUACCAGACUUACCUGAAGAAUACAUAUAACGAGAUCGUAACAGACCUGGAGCAAGCUGAGCGACAGAACUUCUACUGGGGAGCAAAGUUAGUGCGCGGCGCUUACAUCGAACAGGAGCGCGCUCGUGCGGCGGCGAUGGGCUACGAGGACCCAACCUGCGAGAGUGUCGAGGCCACCACGACAUCAUUCCAUAAGUGUCUCAAGGAAAUCCUGAGCAGAGUGAAGGGUGAACGUAAGAAUAAGUUGGGUAUUAUGGUGGCCUCACACAACGAGGACACGGUGCGGUACGCGAUUCAGCUCAUGCGGGAGCAUGGCAUCACUCCCGAAGAGCGCGUCGUGUGCUUCGGACAGUUGCUCGGCAUGUGUGACCACAUCACCUUCCCCUUGGGCCAAGCUGGUUAUUCCGCGUACAAAUACGUGCCCUACGGCCCAGUGCUGGAAGUGUUGCCAUAUUUGUCGCGGCGUGCGAAUGAGAACCGUGGGUUCUUGAGCAAAAUUAAAAAGGAAAAAGGACUUAUUUUGAAGGAAAUUAGCCGCAGAGUUGUCACCGGUCAAAUGUUCUACAAACCGGUCGGUAACUAUACACCUGUUUAAUGAGACGUUUAUGUUUUAGGAAAUUGAGCCUCGGUUUGUUUGUAACUCGCCGCCAUUUUGUAAUAGUUUGCCAAGAAUAGAUGUUAUUACUUAUUAGCCAAUGCAAUAAAUGAGUCCUAUUACUGAUGUGCAUUAACUUAAUGUUUUUAUUACUUUCUAUAAAAUAUAAUAAUUUAUGGGAAUUAAAUUUAUAGCUACACAAUCGACUCGUAAAUUUUUAAUGAAUGACACCUAUCAUAGUCUCCGAUAAUGGGACGUGAAUUUUAAAACUAAAUAGCUUAGAUUAAGGAUUGGUCUCCGCACCUAAGAACCUACCUUACGAACUACCUACCUUAAGAACUUACCUAAGAACAAUAGCUUUUUUAUUGUAGUAACUAUUAGAUGCGUUGCAUCUUGACACUCAAUAUCUUUCAGAUUUUGUGACAUACGCUUCGUGUUAUUUUACAUUCACAUUAAUAAAAUACAAAAUAAUUACUGAUGAUAUGUGAUCCCAGUGUCUUUCUUAUUUCUGUUAGUAUUAUUUUUACAAAGUUUUACUAUGCAACCCGGCAUUUUAGUAUCAAUUAUUAGCAAAGUUUGACAGAACAUGUCAUCGUGUCAUACAUUAGGCGUUGUAUUAGUUGCAACACUUUGUGACUACGCCUGCGGUAUAUAGUUGGAGCGCAGCAGAGACCAAUCCUUGAUCUUAUCCAAACAGCUUGAGAGUUCAGGGCAUUAUAUAUCUAAUUUAUUAUUAUUUACUGGAUUAUCUAUUACCAUGAAUUAUUAUAGUGAAAAUUAAUUUGAAUGAAUACACCAGGAAUACAUAAUAUAUUUAUAAAAGACGCUUAGUAUGUACGACCGUAAUAAGUACUCUACUCAUCACUGACCUCUACUAUAUACCACUGGACUGGCGGCCGUCAAAGUGCUUUUAUUGCCUGUUAAAUAUUCGCCAUUUUGGCGCUGUAGGCCAUAGCGACAGUCUGCGGUACUACAACUAGUGAUGACGACCUCAGCUAAAGAAACAUCGAUAGGAAACUAUUUACAAAAAUUUAAUAUUGUUUUAUAUUACUUUGAUUCCUGAAGUGUAAAUAACACGGAAUAUGAACGAAAUUAAUUCAAAAUGCAAAUAUACUUCAGAGUAUUGUACGUUCCUUCGCAGCCAUUUGUACUAUACGUCAAAAUUAGUUCUCUGGACGGUCGCGAGUGGCGCUUCAAAUAGGCAGAAAAGAUUUGCUGUCAAACAUAUGGAACAGCCUGUCCAGUGGUAUUUAUACAGGUAGACUCUAAUGGAUACUUAAAGUUCCUUUCCAUUCUUGUCCAUACCAAGUGUUAUUAUGUUUCGAAUGUGGCGUAUUUUAAAUAAUAUUGGAGUAAUAGUUGUGAUACAUUUAUUAAACUAUGCUUUUUUGCGCUCUACAAGUUAGGUUGAGUUUUAAUCUAGUUCUAAAACAAUAUCUAGUAGAAUUUUAAGUUCCGCCUCCACAUUAUCAUGCGCGUAAAUAUUAUCUCAAUUAUAUCGUAUGGCAUUUAAUAUGUUUUCUUGCGUAGAUUAGUUGUCUCAAGUUAAUAUUUAGUAUCUAAUCUUUGGCUCUAGACGUAAAAAAGUUGGAAUGACAUUGUAUACAAAUAUUAUUGUUAUCUUAUUACUAGUUUCUAGAAAUUAUUUAUUCUUCUAUUGUUUUUAUUACGUUUGGAUUUUUUUUUUGGUAAGAGUUCUAACAAUUCAAGCUGUUCCGACUUACCUUAUGAUUUCCUGAGUUGAUUUUUUUUUGUUUAAACCUGAAAUAAUUUAUUCGUCUAGAUAGCUGCUGUUAUAACGAUGAAAUAUAGUGGUCAACUGUUAACCUCUAUUUCCAGCCUUCAUAAAAAAACCUGGCCUGUUGUCCUGCGUUGCUUAGCAGCAAGACGUAUAAAUUAUCUAAGGCUUAAACCUUAUACGCUAGAAUUUAAUUUGAUAUUUAGUUCAGUUAUUAUGCAUUGUUUCUGUUAAAUGCAUCUCUAUAUUAAUGAAAUGAUCAUCGAUUUUUAAUCUGUACAACUUUACGUCAAUUAGCUGUAUUACGGGACUUAAUGAGUGCAUUUGUAUUUCAAGCCUUAUUUAUUUACUCUUAAGCUAGUAUGUGUUUUUUGCUAUUUAUUAUGCUUAUCACUCGUAUAAAUGUUACGUCUGCCGUCUAUACCCAAUAUAUAACCUGUUUAGUCAAUUUGCUAACCCAAUUAUUAUGAAAGGUAUAAAAUAAUUUCUUGGGCCAUAUUAUGAUAAUUAUUUCAAUGACAGGGCCGGCAUAUAAUCGAUUGCUUGUGAAAAAGUAGCGUACCGCUGAACUUAAGUUAUGUAACCGUUUAUCCUGUCAUUAUUAGGUCACAUGAUACAGAUUGAGAUGUAUAUUAAUAUAUACUAUACUGACAGUGAGGGGUAUAAGGACAGAAUUUGUUAUGUUACACAAGCACGUAAUCUUAAUAUGUAGCUGUCAUAUGUAGAUGUCAUCAUGACAUUGACAGUUUAUGGUACAUUUCAAAAUUAACUAAUGUCAACUGUCAUGUGGUUAACGACGAUAGCAUUACCUUUUUGGUGUCGAGGGUGAUGGGUAAGGAGGACAAUCUCAACGCCUUAGAUCAUAUCGUCUAUGUCUAGACAAUGACAGCUGUGAAAACGUUGAAUUUAGACCUAACCUCUAUUUUGAGCAAUCCCACUAACAUAAAAUGUCAUACAAAUCGCAAGUGUAAGACGUAGCUUGUCAAGGACAGGCCAGCUUAUUUUUAUCUAGACGUAUUUAUUAUGUUAUCACCUAUAAGCGGUAAAUAGAGCUGUCGACGCAUUAGCGAGUACUUACUUAUCAAAGAGGAUGUAAAUACUAAAUAAUAGGAGGCGGGACUGCCUGAGUAAAAAUUUAAAUUAAGUUUAGUAUGAAGCGUAAUUUGACAUAAGUUUGAAAUAGUUAUUACUAUAAUAAGGCGACGAAGUGGCUUAAGAACGUAGUGAAUUUCGGCUACCUCCGUUUUUUACAAGAUUAUAGCCGUCAUCUGUCUAUCUAAUAAUGACUGCACGUUUCAUACAUGCUUUCUUCUUAGGGAGGUUCGCUACGCUAGUAUGUAUUUUUUCAACGCGCCUCGCUCCGUCAGGCGUCAAUAAUGGCUAAAUUCAUUACAUGCCCUUUUAUUUAUUUAUAUUGUUGGAGAAUCUACAGCUGAAUAUUUUACAAUAGUCACGUGAUAAAAUAACAGAAAGCCAUUUACAGAUUCCCUUUUGCUACACUAGCGCCAUUCUGCGCGGAUUUGGAACUAUUAUUAACUCUUACAGCUGGAUAUUUUUUUUAAACUAAAACUAUGGUCUACAUUAAGAGAUUGUUCUCCUUACAUCUACCCCAAACUCUUUUAGGGUUAGACUAGGGGUUUGGCCAUUGCCUGUUAGAUAAAUCAAGUUAAAUUAAUGCUCAAAAAUCAUAUAAUAAAUCCUGCGUUACUAAACAUCACAAUAUCCUAAUAAUAAUAACUAUUUGAUAUGUUUAGUGUUGUUAAUGAAUUAGUUUGUGGGGUGCAUAGAUACCUAUGAAUUAGAAAUUAGUCCUAAUGUGAAAAAUUAUGUUUGAUUUGAUCUUUUAAUAUCAGUAUUGGCUUAUCUAGUUAUAUUAACGGAAGGCGACCGGUUGAAUAAUGAAAGAUUUAGUUCCUAUUUGUAUAAAUAGGGAAUGCCCGCGAAUUUAGUUUCGAAAUAUUAUGUAGGUAUUAUUAUUAUAUUUUAGUAUUUUUUAUUUACCUCAUUAAUUUUCUGAUGAAUUAAGAUUUUUAGAUAUGUAAUGUAUUGCGUUAAAUUACGUUAUUUUUAUUAUAUUUUUUGUAAGCAGUUUAAUUUUACUGUGCUGAUUAUUGUGAUGCUAUUGUAGAUCUUACACGUAGACGUUUAAUAAAGACAAAAUGUUGUUUCUUUA